AUGCAAACCGAGGCAAGUCCCUCAUUGGGUAUAACAUCCUUGGAUAUAACGCGAACAGUCGACCUUGAACCUGAUCAUGAGUUUCGCUUCGAAGUCGAAUUCAACAAAAAAGUACAGAUCAAGCUUCUUAAAGGCACAGCAGAGAUAUUUGGCACAGAGAUAGCUGUUGGCGUGUCGUACACUUUUACGGGUCGCAAGGUUGCUGUAUACACCUGGCAUGGAUGUGCACUAGAGAUAUCCUUUUUCUUUCAAUCUUUCUUUCUAAUCACAUGA